GCAGCUGAGAAUGGAGCAACAGGUGUUGAGCUGGAUCUUGAAUUUACUGCAGAUGGUGUUCCCAUUCUAAUGCAUGAUGAAACAGUAGAAAGGACAACUGAUGGGUCUGGAAGAUUGCGUGACUUGACUUUUGAUGAAAUUAGGAGGCUUAAUCCAUCUGCAAAACAUAGGCUAUGGAGCAAAUUCCAAGGUGAAAAGGUACCAACCCUGAGAGAAGCUGUCGUGGAGUCUAUGCAUCACAAUCUUAUAAUCUACUUUGAUGUCAAAGGCCAUGCAAGUCAGGCAGUUGAUGCCCUAAAACAACUCUACCUGGAAUUUCCACGUUUGUAUAACAGCAGCAUAGUCUGUUCUUUCAUGCCCGAUGUUGUUUAUAAGAUGAGACAAGCUGACACAAAUGUUGUAACAGCACUAACACACCGGCCUUGGCAUCUGAGUCAUUUUGGAGAUGGGACACCCCGUUUCAGUUCUUCCUGGAAACAUUAUUUGUAUAUGAUGAUGGAUGUCAUUCUAGAUUGGAGCCUACACAGUUUCUUGUGGCGAUUGUGUGGGGUUUCAGCUUUCCUCAUACAGAAAAAUUUUGUUUCUCAGGAGUAUGUGAGGCACUGGUCUUCAAAAGGAAUUCAAGUGGUUGCCUGGACAGUGAACACAUUUGCAGAAAAAACCUACUACGAAAGCGUCCUUGAAUCCAGUUACAUCACUGACAGCUUGGUGGAAGACUGUGAUCCUCAUUACUAGACCUGUGCUUUGUAGACACUCGCCAACCUAAAUAAGGUAUCUUACUCGGGCAGGUCUGAAUUCACCAUCAA